AUGUCAACUAAGGAACAUAACGCUGAUGCCGAAGCCGUAGUAGAUCAUGUAAAAGCUGAAGUUCGACGUAAUCGUCGUCCAUCCGUACAAUUUAUUGAUAAAAGUCUUAUACGAAGACGUUCAUCUGGUCAAGAAAAACAACAACAACAACAACAACAGAAUCAACAACUAACACGUUUACAAUCAAUUGAUUCACAUGAUGAAAAUGAAGCUCCUGAUACCGAUCAACAAAAGCAAGAUUCAACUGCCAGUGAUACUGAUAGCGAUGCUGAAGAUGGAGUCGGCCCGAAUAUACGAGAAAUGCAACAUAAAAAUAAGAAUGGCUUCAAUGAUUUUGCUGUUCGACGUAUAAAACAUGCGGAAUAUGGUCGACGUGAAAUUCAAAUUGCCGAACAAGAAAUGCCUGGUCUUAUGGCUUUACGUCGUCGAGCUGAAAGUGAUAAACCAUUACAAGGAGCUAAACUUGUUGGUUGUACUCAUAUAACAGCUCAAACAGCUGUUUUAAUCGAAACAUUGGUCCGUUUAGGAGCUCAAGUACGAUGGUGUGCUUGUAAUAUAUUUUCCACUCAGAAUGAAGUCGCUGCUGCUCUUGCAGAAGAAUCUAUUCCAAUAUUUGCAUGGAAAGGUGAAACAGAUGAUGACUUUUGGUGGUGUAUUAAAAAAGCGAUUGGUGGCGAUCAAGGUUGGCAACCAAAUAUGAUAUUAGAUGAUGGCGGUGAUUUAACACAUUAUUGUCAUAAACAUUAUUCAACAUUAUUUUCAACAAUAAAAGGUAUUGUUGAAGAAUCUGUUACUGGUGUUCAUCGUUUAUAUCAAAUGUGUCGUACACAAACAUUAACUGUACCAGCUAUGAAUGUUAAUGAUAGUGUUACAAAAACAAAAUUUGACAAUUUAUAUUUAUGUCGAGAAUCGAUUAUUGAUGCUAUUAAACGAUGUACCGAUAUUAUGUUUGGAGGAAAACAAGUCGUCGUUUGUGGAUAUGGCGAAGUUGGUAAAGGAUGUUGUUCAGCAUUACGUGGUAUGGGUUGUUUUGUUUAUGUAACUGAAAUUGAUCCAAUAUGUGCUUUACAAGCAUGUAUGGAAGGAUAUAAAGUUGUUCGUCUUGAAGAAGUUAUCAAACAAGUUGACAUUCUUGUUACAGCAUCCGGAAGUAAAAAUACAAUAACAAGAGAAUCAUUAGAUAAACUUAAAAAUGGUGCCAUCGUUUGUAAUAUGGGACAUUCAAAUACAGAAAUUGAUGUUAGCUUUUUACGUGAUUCAGCCUCGAGUGAUUUACAAGUUGAACGUGUUAGAACAAAUGUGGAUCAUGUUAUUUGGAGUAGUGGAAAACGAAUUGUCUUAAUUGCUGAAGGACGAAUUAUGAAUUUAUGUUGUUCAAGUGUACCAUCAUUUGUUGUUUCAAUUACAGCUUGUACACAAGCAUUAGCAUUAAUCGAACUCUAUACUGCUCCCCCAAAUCGAUAUAAAUGUGAUGUUUAUUUAUUACCAAAAAAAAUGGAUGAAUAUGUUGCUAGUCUUCAUUUACCGGCAUUCGAUGCUCAUUUAACAGAAUUAAGUGAUGAACAAUGCAAGUAUCUUGGUAUUAAUAAAGCUGGUCCGUUUAAACCAAAUUACUACAGAUAUUAA